AUGUCAGCCCGAGCAAUCAUCACCAGCCAGUCCCUCCGCAGCGCGGUAAUGGGACCUGUCGCCGUGGGCCGAAACUUUUCCUUCACGACGAGUAGCUACCUCGGUCUGAAGGAGUCAGCCAGCGGCGCCGACUACGAUAAGCACAAGGCCGACUCGCUCGCCAAGCAGAAGCAGGGCAAGGGCCACUGGAAGCCAGAGCUGGCGUCGGACAGCGAGGAGGCCAUCCGGGCGGACCGCGACCACACGCCGUCCAGCCCCGGCGAGACUGCGAAGCUGCAGGAACAGACCAAGCGCGCUGCAGAGGAGACGGCCAAGGCGGGGACUAGCAUGCGGGAUAAGCUCCAAGCUAUCGCGGCCUCUGGCCCAACCCCUCCCAUCCGCAACCGCUCGAUCAACCUCUCCUCCGUGCCAAAGCUCCGAAGAAUCACCCAAUUGCAAUCUCCAUGCUCACUUAACACGCCGAAGCCCGACAAACCCUCCCCAAUCGAAAGCGAAGGCGUCCCCUCCGCCGCUCCCCCGCGCGCAGCCAUGCCCUCCACAGAACCGUCCUUCCAAACCGCCCUCCUCGCGGGCGGCCUCGCAGGCACGACAGUCGACCUCUCCCUCUUCCCCCUCGACACCCUCAAGACCCGCCUCCAGUCCUCGGCCGGCUUCUUCCCCUCCGGCGGCUUCUCCGGAAUCUACCGCGGCAUCGGCUCCGCCGUCGUGGGCUCCGCGCCCGGAGCAGCCUUCUUCUUCUGCACCUACGAGUCCGUCAAGGCCCUCCUCGCCCGCCGCACACCCCUAAGCGCGGACAGCCCCCUCGUGCACAUGCUCGCGGGCAGCGCGGGAGAGGUUGCCGCCUGCGCCGUCCGCGUGCCCACCGAGGUCGUCAAGCAGCGCGCCCAGGCGGGUCUGCACGGCGGCUCGAGCCGGCGAGCCCUCGCCGCCAUCCUGGGCAAGUACCACUCCAGCGGGGGGUUGGUCGCCGUCUGGCGUGAGAUGUACCGCGGCUGGGGGAUCACCGUCUUCCGCGAGGUGCCCUUCACCAUGAUCCAGUUCCCGCUGUGGGAGGCCAUGAAGGCGUGGGGGAGGAGGCGGCGGCAGCAGGGUGAGGGAAGGGGUCGAGGGCUCACAGACGUCCCGGCGCUCGAGAGCGCGCUGUACGGGAGCAUCGCGGGGGGUAUAUCGGCCGCGUUGACGACGCCGCUGGACGUCCUCAAGACGCGGGUCAUGCUCUCCGAGCAGCGUGUGUCGGUCUCCCAGGUCUUCUCGCAGAUUGCUCGGACCGAGGGGGUGCGGCCGUUCUUCGCGGGCGUGGUGCCCCGAGUAACCUGGAUUUCGAUCGGUGGCGCCAUCUUCCUGGGAAGUUAUCAAUGGGUCAUUAAUACCAUGACGGCUGUGUUAUGA